ACAGAGAUCGCAGAGUCUUUGACUCUUUCUGGGGCAAACUGGUCUGAGGAAGCUGAGGAAGAAAGUCCAGGUGCACAGUGAAGACCUUUGCCAUGGCAUCCGUAUCAUUUCGAGAGCCAAUAUCUGCCACAGUAGGAAAACGGAUGAUUGUUACAGGCCCGGAUUAUAUAAAGGAUCAUCUGCCUAAAGUUCAUCAGCACACUUCGUAUGUAGGAGAAAAGCGCACAGCAUUGGAAAAGACUGGAGAUCUCAGAUAUUUGUGGAGGCCUGCCUCAAACAGAAGCUUACCGGCAAAAUAUAAAUAUGAGUAUGUCGGUGAAGUUGGUUGGGGAAUACCAGAGUAUGGUUUUAUCAACCAAACAAGGCUUCAGACUGGCUUUCAGAUCAAGUCUGGAGAACUAAGUCAAGCCAGUAUUGAUAAAAUGAGCCACAGAUACCAAAAUCCAUGGCAACCCAAACCUGAUAUUAUGGAUUUGCAAGGAAAAUACAGUCGUGGUUCUAUUGCCUGGCAUAUGGGUGAUUAUGAGAACACUGAUGAGAGAAAUUCCAAAGGAGCUGUCCUUGUCAGGCAGAGAGCAACAGCGUUGCCAAGAGCUUCCAGAUCAUCUAAGCUGCCCCAGCUGCCAAGAAAGGAGGAGAAAAAGAGAGUUCAGACUCCAAAUCAGCGUGAUGCAGCUUGCUACUAGGAAAAAAACUGCC